AAUUGGAUGAGGAAGAAGACAGUGAAGAACGGUGAAGAAAGGAGCAGAAAUGUGGUGUUUUGAAACAUUAUAUAGUGGUUUUUUUGUAAAUAAAAAGAAGUGCGAGGAUAAAAUGGGGAUAUCAUGUCAAUUUCAUUAAUUCAAAAGCCGGAAGCUACCGCGGAAGAAGAUGAGUGAUUCUGUAAGUCUUUCUUGCUUGGCAAACAAAGUUUUUGAUCCAAUUUUGACGUACCUUGUCAUAUAUCCAAUCACUACUCUGUACUUGUGGAAGCAAAAUGUUAAGAAGCUGAAGCUUAAAGUGGAUGUGCAGCUGGUCAAUAAAAGAACGGACGUGAAGAACAAAGUUGAUGAAGCUGAGCAGCGGGGGGAGGAGAUUUUCAAGGAGGUCAAGCAGUGGAUGAAUGAUGUGGACGAGCACAUUAGUGGAAAGAGAAAGGCCGACAUAGAUGAAUUAAUAGCAAAAGCUGAGAGGAAGUAUUGCUUUGGGUGGUGUCCUAAUCCCAAGGCUCUGUAUGAUCUCAGUGAGAAAGCCAAGGAGUAUGCUGCGGAUGUUGAGGGACUCACGCAAAAGGUUUUCGAAAGGGUUUCCUACUUUCAAUUUCAGAAACAGGAAAGUAUUGUUUCAUGGGAUGAUUUUGUUGACUUUGAAUCAAGAAACAAGGUUUUGGGCGAGAUCAUGAAGGCACUACAGAGUCCAACUGUUGACAUGAUAGGGGUGAGCGGGAUGCUUGGUAUGGGGAAGACAACGAUGGUGAAAGAAGUUAAAAGAAAAGCUGAGCAAGAGAAAUUGUUUGAUGUUGUGGUCAUAGCUAAUGUGACAAGCAAUCCUGACUUGACAAAAAUUGUAGAGGAAAUGGCACGUGGCUUGGGUAUGUUUCAGCUUCCUAAAGAACUCUCUGCUCGGCAAGUCGCUGAUCGAAUAAAUGGACGGCUGAGAAAAAAGAAUGCGCUUGUUAUUUUGGACGAUAUUUGGGGGAAAAUAGAUUUGAAGGAGCUUGGAAUUUCUUCUGGAAGCAAGCAGAAGGGUCCUGUAGCAGAGCAACAGAAUGAGAAGAGCUCACUGCUACAGGAUGAGGAGAGCUCAUUAAGAGAAGAACAAAAGGAGUGUAAGGUUUUACUUACAUCCAGAGAACAUAAAGUUCUAUCAGAAAAGAUGGGUGUUAAAAAUGAAAACAUCUUCCAUGUUAACAAGUUGGAAGAUGAUGAGGCUAAGAAGCUGUUGAAGUUGAGAGUUGAAGAUGAUAUUGAAAGCUCUCACCGAUCGGAAGCUAUUAAGAUUGUGAAGAAAUGUUGCGGACUGCCGCUUGCCAUUGAAACAAUAGCAAUGGCUUUGAGAGGAAAGGAAGAUCAGCACUGUAAUUCUCUAUUGCAAGAACUUAAAGCCUCUAAGGAUGGACCAUAUGCUGUUGUUCAUUCAGUUAUUGAGUUCCAUUUUAGUCGGUUGGAAAGAGAAGAACUCAAGACAACUUUCUUGCUUUGCUGUCUAAUGGGCCAUAAUGCAUCCAUUGAAGACUUAAUGGAGUAUGGCACUGGCUUAAAAUUAUUCCCAGAAUUCAACAAAAUAGAGGACUUCCGAGAUGCAGCACUCGCUCUGGUGAAAAAUCUCCGAGACUCUUCUUUGUUACUUAAUGGUCCCACCAAUAUGCAGUUCGACGUGCUAGAUGGUUUCCGAGAUGCUGCCAUGUCAAUUGCUUCCAGGGAUAGAGGCGUUUUAGCUUCCAAAGAUGAAGAUGCUGCAGCGGUAUGGCCAGACGAGGAGGCAAUAUUUGAAAAACUCAAGUGGAUUUAUUUGUCAAAUGCUGAUAUUAGUCAACUUCUUCAUGAGUUGGAGUCGGGGGACAAUUCCGAAGGAGGGUAUCAACAGGUACAAUGUCCUCAGCUUACUUUCUUUCAUUUGUCUAACAAGUAUCCUUCUUCAGAAACUACAGUCCCCGCAGACUUUUUUGAGGGAAUGAAAAACCUCAAAGUCUUGAGUUUGAUUAAGAUGCAUUUCUCGUCGAUGCCUCAAUCAAUUUCCCUCCUGACAAAGCUUCGAACAUUGCGUCUCAAUCAAAGUCAGUUAGGAAUACUAGAAGGCUUGGGGGAGAUCAUAGGAAAGCUGAAGAAGUUGCAAGUCCUCAACCUUGCAGGAUGUGAUAUUACUGAGCUGCCAAUGGAAAUAGCAUGCUUGACGAGGUUAAAGUUGCUGGACAUGAGUGAUUGUACCAACCUCAAAGUAAUUUCACCGGAUAUCUUGUCCAAAUUGUAUAGACUAGAGGAGCUAAAAAUGGCCAACAGCUUUGACCAGUGGCGGUUUAUUGAGCAGCAUGAAAAUCAAAGUGGAAAUGCUAGCCUUGCUGAGUUGAAGCAUAUGCAGAAAUUGAGUACUUUAGAAGUUUGUAUUAAUGAUAUCCAAAUGAUCCCAGAAGGCUUGUUUAAUGCAGAACUGAAAAGAUCCAAGAUUUUUGUAGGAGAUUUGUGGAAGUACCGGGAUAGUUCUUCUGAAAACACAAAAAUAUUGAAGUUGGAAUUGAAGGCAGGCAGUUCUCAUAGUUCAGCAACAAAGUUAUUAAAAGUCUCUGAAGAACUACAUCUAGAGGGAUUACAUGGUGUUAAGAAUGUGGUUUAUCAGUUAGAUAAUGAAGGUUUUCAAAAACUAAGAUAUCUCUAUGUCCGAAAUGCUCCAGAGAUUCAAUUUAUGAUUGAUUCAGAAAGGUUGGUGUGUAGUAAUGCAUUUCCAAUCUUGGAGGAGUUGGUUCUUCAAAAUUUGACAAAAAUGGAAAAGAUAUGUCGUGAUAUGGGAGCAACCUCUUUUAACAAAUUAAGAAUCAUAACAAUUGAAUGUUGUCAUCAGCUCAAAAAUUUGUUCUCCUUCUAUGUAGUGAAACAGCUUCUCCAACUCCAAGAACUUGUUUUGAAAGAUUGUGAGAACAUUGAAGAGAUUGUUGCUGAGGAGGUACAAGUUACCGUGCAUGAGAUUGAGGAAGCAGCUGCAAAUAUUGAGCUUGGCCAAGUACGGUCCUUAAGAUUUGAAAAACUGCCUAACUUUGUUAGUUUUUGCCAAGAAAAGAAUAACCUCAUCACAAAUCAAGGAGGGAUUCCGUCAACAAGCUCUAGAUGCAUGUCACUUUUCAAUGAAAAGCGACUGAGUACAAUAAACUGUCCAGAAUUAAUGGAAUUCAUGUCCAUGGUUAAAUCUACGAACACAAAUGAAGCAGAUGACGCACGGUGCUUCUUCAUUGAACAAGUUGCAUUUCCCAGCUUGGAAAGCUUGAUUCUCUCUCAUUUGAAAAACUUACAGAUCAUAUGGCACAGCCAACUCUCUCCAGAUUCCUUUUGCAAACUAAAAGAGUUGGUUGUUAGAGGUUGUGAGAAUUUAAUGAAAGUUUUUACAAAAGAUAUGCUGGGAAGCUUCUUUAAAUCCCUAGAGAAGUUAGCAAUUUAUUAUUGUGCUUCAGUAGAAGAGGUGUUUAACGUGGGAGAGAUUACAAACCUCAAAGAAUCAGGACAGACCCAGUUGAAAAAUUUGUGGAUUUAUGGUCUACCGAGUUUGAAGCAUGUGUGGAAUGAGGAUCCCGAGGGAAUUCUUGAUUUUCAAAGUAUGGAAUCGGUGAUUGUUUGCAACUGUCCCAGUAUCAAACAUGUGUUUUCAAUUUCAGUAGCAAAAGGCCUUAAACAACUCCAAAAGCUACAAAUAGAGUGGUGCGGGGUGGAGGAAAUUGUUGCAAUGGGGCGGGGAGGAACAGAAGCGGUGAUUAAGUUUGUGUUCCCUCGACUGUCAAACCUCAAACUAGCGGAACUACGAAGACUCAGAUAUUUCUAUCCAGGAGAACACAUAACGCUUUGGCCAGAGUUAACAGAGUUGGAUGCUUUUGACUGUGGUCAUGCUGAUGAAGUGGAGAUAAGAAAUGGGUACGGUCGGCCUGAUUUCCCCUUUCGACAGCCAUUUCUCAACAUCGAAGAGUCUUUUUAAGAAUUUAUUUUUUAAUUAAUAUUUUUAAAAAUU